UGGUUGGGAUGUACUGCUCCAGGUUGCAUGCGGCUGAGCCCUAUGUCUCAGUUCAAAUAUGACUUUCUCCAUACAUGUUCACUCACUCCCACACAUGGAGCUCUCUGCCCACUACAGCAGCUUUUAUUGCAGAGCUCUGAACAGGUAUGCGCAGGCAAGGAUAAGGAUUCUCCUGGCUCGGCAGCAUGCAGAGACAACCCCAUAUUUGGAUUGCUAGAGAACAGAAUGGCCGUUGCAAGCCGGAGGAACUCCGCUGGGGAGCAGGGUGUAUGGCCCCUUGGGAAGCUUCCCAUGGAUAGUGUUCUUAGCACAGUGGAAGAACGUACUUGGGCUCUUAAUCUUUGCUUAAGUGCAGGUGAAGCUGUCUCCCAGGAAAGCCGGUGCUCAUAAGACCGCUGUGGAAGAGCAAGGGAACAGUCACCAUUCCUACCCUGGCAACAGCAGGGACAAGGGCCUGCCGACGCUGUGGAGAUGAAAGCCAGAGGCUUGAGGACCCCCUUGCUGCUCUUGCUGGUGACUGUAGUUGUAAUGGCCAAGCUGAAUUACAUCCAAAGGUGGGGAGGCUUCAAGGAGCAGGCCACCAGCGAGAAAAACAUGAACUCUACAGUCCACUUCUUCAUCCAAUCCUACAACAAUGCAAGCAAUGACACCUACUUGUUUCAGGUUCAGAAGCUAAUUCAAAGUCAGAUGCAGCUGACCACAGGGGUGGAGUAUUUAGUCACUGUGAAGAUCGGCAGGACCAAAUGCAAGAAAAACGAGACAAAGAAAGCAUCCUGUCCUCUGCAAAGCAGCAAGAUGAAGAAGAGCCUGAUUUGCACUUCACUGAUAUAUACUGUGCCCUGGGCGAACUACUACCAGAUCUGGAACAAUUCCUGCCAGGAUAGCAAAGUACCCAUAUAAAGAUCUCUACUGACACA